CUGCAGAGCAGCUCAGCAGCUCCCUCAGGGGAAGGAAAACUGUUGUUUUGCGCAUGCGCACACCUGAGCAUGCUCCACCUGUUGAAGCCACUUAUAAUCAGUUCCCACCUCUCAGAGCUGCUCACCUGACGGAGCAACAUGAAUCCAACAGUCAGCAGAGACGGUUCACAGCCGCCAGAGCACUACAUGCCGCAGCCGUCAUCAUCAUCAGGAGGAGGAAGUUUGUAUCUGGAUGCCUUUGAGGUCUCUUUCCCUCUGGAGGAGAACAUCCAGAGACCAGCUGCAUAUCACCUGAACCAGGGUCAGCAGGUGAUGGAAGAGCCCGUCGUGCACGAGCCUCCUCACUCUCAUUACAGCCCUUUCAUCCUGGUCUCUAACCUGCGAGCUCACCUGUACGUCACGCUGGAGAAGAACGCCUGGCUGCAGAAACGCAUCGAGGAGCUGGAGGAGGAACGCAACUUCCUGCGCUGCCAGCUGGACCGCUUCAUCGUCAGCAUGAGGGGUCCGGAGGUGACAAAUUGGUGUGGAGAGUCUCAUCGUGCUGUGAAGAUCCAGCCGGCCGGCUCUCCUUCUCCCCUGUCCCCCAUGACCACCAGGUCUGGGAUGACCCUCAAACGGCUGCAGGGACCAGGAUCCCGGGCCCGCCGCAGCGCCGCCAUCCCUGUGAAGCAGGAGUUUCAUAUUGAGGAGGAUAAAUACUACACCGAGGACGAGUACAUGGAGGAAGAGGAGGAGGAAGACGAGGACUCGUCGCUGGAGAAGGGGUCAAAGAAGAAAGGUCGAGGGCGAGCCAACGGAGAGCCGAGGAUGAAGAUGAGGAGGAUCUUCAGGAUCACGCACGGGAGGGAGAGACAGAGAGUUAAAGACCCAGAGGGGGUUUUGAUUCGUUACAAAAAGAUCCUGAUGACCUAUCAGCGGGUGCGGAGCAUGUCCCGAGCUUUCCACAUCCACGGGGUCGACAGAAACACCAUGGCCUCCACCUCGCCCAUCGCAGAGCUGCUGCUGGUGGCUCCAGAUAAGGUGGCGGAGGUCGGGGAGUUCGAGGCGUCGAAGGAGAAGCUUUUGGAUUACGCCCGGCGGUGCUACAAGACGAUGGACGAGCAGACGCACGCAAAGGUUCAAACCCUGAAGAAGAGUCACAAGCUGCUGCCAAUCUCCUACAGGUUCAGAAACUGA